AAGGCCGCGCCGCAGACCGCCCACUUCCUUUCUGCCAGCGCCCUCGAUGCUCGCGAGAGGUGCAGAGUCCACACCCUAGACCAGGAUGCCCGUUGCCAGGAGCUGGGUAUGUCGGAAGACCUAUGUCACUCCUCGGCGGCCUUUUGAGAAGUCCCGCCUUGACCAGGAACUGAAACUCAUUGGUGAAUAUGGGCUGCGGAACAAGCGUGAAGUGUGGCGGGUGAAGUUCACCCUAGCCAAGAUCCGCAAAGCAGCCCGAGAGCUGCUUACCCUGGAUGAGAAAGAUCCCAGGCGCCUCUUUGAAGGUAAUGCCCUACUGAGACGGCUGGUACGUAUUGGGGUGCUGGAUGAGGGCAAGAUGAAGCUGGAUUACAUCCUGGGCCUCAAGAUUGAGGACUUCCUGGAGCGGCGCCUCCAGACCCAGGUCUUCAAGCUGGGCCUGGCCAAAUCCAUCCACCAUGCCCGGGUGCUCAUCCGUCAGAGGCACAUCCGCGUCCGAAAGCAGGUGGUGAACAUCCCAUCCUUCAUCGUGCGCCUGGACUCCCAGAAACACAUCGACUUUUCAUUGCGCUCACCCUAUGGGGGUGGCCGGCCUGGCCGUGUCAAGAGGAAGAAUGCCAAGAAGGGCCAGGGUGGUGCUGGUGGUGGGGACGACGAGGAGGAGGAUUAAGCAUGUGGUGUAGCAUGGCCACAUGAGAGACUGGCCUGUGUUCUACCAGACCCAAUAAAAGUGGGGAAUCCUG